AUGACUAUUGCAUCACGGUCUGCUCGUCUCUUGCUGCUGGUUUCGGCAUUGGCAUCGCUUGUCUCAGCCUCGCCCUUGGGCUCCGUCUAUAUCCAAGACGCGCAGUGCCCUGCUAAUUUCAACUCCUGUCCUUCGGGUCUGCCCAAUAACUUUUGCUGCGCCACGGGAACAUCGUGCCUCCCAUUAGCUGGCAACACGACGGCGCUGUGCUGCCCAAACGGCGAGACCUGCGAAAAGAUCCAGCCCAUCACCUGCGAUGUUAGCCAGCAGGACCCGACCAAGAACCAAAACUCGCCGAUCAAAACUAGCAUCUUUGACGUUGCGUUGGAGAAAUGUGGCACAAACCUCUGCUGUCCGUUUGGAUAUUCGUGUUCUGGAGAUAACACCCAGUGUGUGAAGAAUUCUGAUCAGAGCACAUCUCCGGAGAAGGCCAGUUCCUCAUCCAGCCCUUCGCAAACAAAUGCUUCACAAACAAGCACUUCACCCGCAAGCGCUACAUCAGCGACCACUGCGCCGACUUCUGCACAAGCCUCUUCUACACCUGCCUCUUCUCUGGUUGUUGCGCCGAUUGCUACCACGCCGACGUCGUUCCCAACGGAAGAAUCGACUGUCCCAUCAACCACAUCGGCCCCUGAUGCCUCUCCCACGGCCGACGCAAGCUCCGGCGCGCCAGAAUCGACAUCUUCCAAGGCAACAAACCCAAAGACAGUGUCCAUAAUCGGUGGUGUCAUUGGAGGCUGCGCUGUCCUGGCUGUUCUGGGAGCCAUCUUGUUCCUCUUCAUCCGUCGCCGCAACCGCCGCAGCAAGAAUGGCUAUUCCGAGAAGACUGGCUUUGGACGGAUUAAGCAUCUCGGCCCCGGUCCUCAAGGCACCAGCAUCAUGGUCUCCGAUCCCAUCCUCCAGCCAAACUCUUACCGCGCCGACUUUAUCCGCAAAAGUCCCUCCAUCAGCUCUUCCAUCAGCCAGAGGCCUCCGCAAAUUGUUCUCAACCACCAUGAUACAUCCCAACGUCUUUCCAUUCCGAAUCCAUUUGACUCUCCUAGCCCUUCGAACCACUCGCCUACGAGCUCUCGAGAUUCCACUACUUCGGAGGACGAACGAAAUGCUCGCACAGGGCAGGUUGAGUCUCGGAACCGGUUGGCUCCUAUAAGAGCCAUGAAAGCUUCCAGCACCAGAGUCUAUCCGCAGAACGUACCUAGGGAGCCAAGCGGAGAGAACAUCAACAUCUUUGCCGACCCCAUCAUGAUGCAUAGUGAUUAUGAUAGGCGUCAGACGCACGCCACGACGUUUACGGAUCUCAUGGUCGAGGCUCAGCUUGACGACGUACACAGAGGGGAGCCAUAUCUCGGUCCCCAUUCGAUGAACAGAAUAUGA